AUGUCAAUCGCGGUCAGCUCUGUUGGGCCCAAUGGAAUACCCAAGGCCAUAUUUAUUGAAGAUGUGCACAAAUAUCUCUCCACAAAGCCAUCUUUUAGCUCAGAUCCCAAACUUGCGGUUGAGGAUUCCCUGUAUAAGUUUGUUUCCGCCCACCAUGUCAAAAAACAUUCGGCUAUCCUUGCCAAGAUCCCUGAAAUCGAAAAAAGCAUCGAUUCGGUGCUCCUAAUGAAAAAUAGUAUCCGGGAUGAAACCGCGCUUGACAUCGAUUUUGAGUUGGCAGAUACUCUUUUCCUCAAAGCCGCCAUAAAGCCAUCCAGAACGGUUUUUCUGUGGCUUGGGGCUUCCAUUCUGAUGUCAUAUGAUGUUGACGAUGCUCUGCAUCUUUUGAUGCAAAAGUUGGCAACAUCCAACAAAACAGUCCUUGAACUUGAGCAUGAUAUCGGAUUUUUGCGAGAGCAAAUCACAACGGUCGAAGUAAACCUUUCCCGAAUAUAUAACUGGCAUGUGAAGAAUGAAAGGAUACUUAAUAGUCCUAAAUAA